CUCCUCGCAGCCAUGGCCUUGCGUCCCGACAUCUUGGACGAGCUGCCCACCGCCUGCCUGUCGCCGUGCGGGCCGCCCAACCCGGCCGAGCUCUUCAGCGAGGCGCGGCGCUUGGCGCUCGAGGAGCUGGUGGCGGGCGGCCCCGAUGCCUUCGCGGCCUUCCUGCGCCGCGAGCGCCUGGGCCGCUUCCUGAACCCCGACGAGGUGCGCGCAGUCCUGGGCGCUGCGGAGCGGCCCGGCGAGGAGGGCGCGGCAGCGGCGGCCGAGGAUUCGUUCGGCUCAUCUCACGACUGCUCGUCCGGUACCUACUUCCCCGAGGAGUCGGAUUUGGAGCCGCCGCUGCUGGAGCUCGGCUGGCCCGCCUUCUACCAGGGCGCCUACCGCGGCGCCACGCGCGUCGAGGCGCACUUCCAGCCCCGCGGCACGGACGCCCGCGGCCCCUACGGCUGUAAGGACGCGCUGCGCCAGCAACUCCGCUCUGCACGGGAGGUGAUUGCCGUGGUAAUGGAUGUUUUCACAGACAUUGACAUCUUCCGAGACCUUCAGGAAAUAUGCAGGGAGCGGGGAGUGGCUGUGUACAUCCUUCUGGACCAGGCUCUCCUUUCCCACUUUUUGGACAUGUGCAUGGAUCUGAAGGUUCAUCCCGAACAGGAAAAGCUGAUGACGGUGCGGACUAUCACGGGAAACAUCUACUACGCAAGGUCAGGAACUAAAAUUGUYGGGAAGGUUCACGAAAAGUUCACACUGAUUGAUGGCAUUCGAGUGGUGACMGGCUCCUACAGCUUCACAUGGACAGAUGGCAAAUUAAACAGCAGCAACUUGGUCAUUCUGUCUGGCCAAGUGGUCGAAUGCUUUGAUCUGGAGUUCCGCAUCCUGUACGCGCAAUCAAAGCCCAUCAGCCCCAAGCUCCUGUCCCACUUCCGGAUCAGUGGCAAGUUUGACCACCUUGCUGACCGCAAACCACAGUCCAAAGAGCUCACGCUGGGCAACCUGCUGCGCCUGCGGCUGGCCAGGCUGUCAAGUUCACCCAGGAAGACAGACCUGGGCUUGGGGGCGCCCCUGGAGAGUGAGGCAGAUGCCAAGCGACAGGACUCCAAGUCCUCCACUGUCAGCGAGGAGGGUCACUUCCAUAGCCACAGGGACAUUCUGGGGGACAGAAAGGCUGUUGAUGUCGCCACCCAGACAGAGCCGGAAGAGGAGACGCCCUCGGUGAGCGUGAGGGAGGUGGGGACACAAACCAGCAGCAGCACCCUGUGUGCUGGGACCCAAACCACUGUGAACACCAGGGUGGCGACCUCCCAGACGGUGGUGUGGACCAAGUCGACCACCACACAGACUGACGCGGAUGAGAGCGGGAUCUUUUCUCAGGGAACUCAGUCUGAAGAAGGGUCCCCAGUAUCAAAAAUGUCUGUGUCGAGGUCUUCCAGUUUGAAGUCUUCCUCCUCCACGUCUUCCCAGGGCUCGRUGGCCAGCUCCAUCGGCUCCCAUGCUUCCCUCAGAGCCACCGACCCCCUCAGUACUGGACACACCAAGUACCUGGGCACCCCUCACCUGGAGCUGUGCCUGCGGGACUCCUUCAGAAACCUGAAUAAAGAGCGGCAGUUGCACUUGGCUGGCGUGAGGUCCCGGCUCAACCACAUGCUGGCCAUGCUGUCGAGGAGAACGGUCCUUUCUGAGAACUACCUUAGCAUCAGUCCUGGGAAUUUCACCAGAGCAUCAGUUAAUUUGGUUGCURUUAGAGAUUUAGCACUUUAUCCCUCUUAUCAGUGA